AAAGCUUCUGCACUCCAAUAAAAGAGACUCACUGGGAUUUCAGUUUCACAUUAAAGUAUUCUUGGUAGCAUUUGUAGUGAUCUUUUUGUGUUUACUGAUUAACAAAAAGGAAAGAGAAAGCAACGUUUCAUCCACAGCAAAAAGGAAGAAGAAACGAUUAAGUUUCUAUUUGUUUUUUUUGUCUUCUCCUUUAUUAUGUUUUUUCCUCCGUUUGCUUUGUUAAUACCAAAUCCAAUUUCAUAGACCCAACUUUUUUAUUUCUUCUCUCCAUUAUUAUUAAAAUUAUCAUCAUCACAGCAAGCAAGAAAAACAACAAAAAGCAGAAAAAGAAUCAGAGCACUCACAAUGGUUUUGGGAUGGCGAAGAGCUUUUUGUACAUCGAUCCCCAGAGAUCGAGAUACUAAAGAAAAGCAAGACAACACAAACCCAACUCCAAGUCCAAGAAUCAAUUCCAAAUUUGGGUUUUUCUCUAACCCUUCAACCCCACGCUUCCAGUCUCCCCCAGUUUCCAGUUCAAUACUCCGUUGCCGGACCACUGCUACUGUUCAGGCGGCGUCAGCCCCUGGAAGUCCAAAGCUUCAAUGCAAAACCAAAAACAGCCCCCGGUUUUUUAACCGCUCUACGCCAUCUUCCCCACGUUCACCUUCUACUUUUUCGCUUCUCAAAUCCAGCUUACGUUUUCCUAAGCAGACUAAGUGCGGCACAUGCUUACAGACGGUGAAGACUGGGCAAGGAACUGCUAUUUUCACGGCUGAGUGCUCUCACAGUUUUCAUUUCCCAUGUAUAGCAGCUCUUUUAAGGAAACAAACAGCCCUUGUGUGUCCUGUUUGCCACUCUGAAUGGAAGGAGCUGCCUCUAUUGUCGAUACACGAUACUCAAAAACCAGUAAAAGUUGAAGAGAAAACAAUUAGAGAAGUAUCUCCAUCACCUAAAGCAAAAAGAGAUGUCAAAUUUACAACCGAAACCAACUUUCAGGGAAGGCCUAUUUUGAAGGUAUACAAUGAUGAUGAGCCACUGAUGUCUCCAACUUCUGUUGCUCGGUUCAAUCCGAUACCGGAAUCCGAUGAGUAUGAUGAAGAGAAUGAUAAUGUGGUGGAAGAAUUUCAAGGAUUUUUCGUGGACGCAAACGUGAAGCCGGAGAAGGAAAGUUUGGUAAAUUUUACCAACUUCGAGGCGAGGUUAUUGCCUGAAGCAGCCGUUGUAUCUGUUGGCCGGAGUUAUGAAACGUAUGUGAUAAUAUUGAAACUUAAAGCUCCACCGGUGUUGACAAGGACAGCCCGAAGAGCACCUAUUGAUCUUGUUAUGGUGCUUGAUGUUAGUGGGAAAAUGAAAGCUCAGGAUAUCCAAAUGAUGAAACGUGCCAUGAGGUUAGUAAUAUCAACGCUAUCCACAUCCGAUCGGCUUUCAAUUGUGGCCUUCUCUACAACCUCCAAACGGCUUUUACCAUUACGGAGAAUGACAACAAGCGGAAAACGAUCGGCACGUCGCAUUGUUGAUGCCAUUGUUGCUCUAGAUGGAACAGGAACCAGUGCAAGCGACGCUCUAAAAAAGGCUGCGAAAGUUCUAGAAGAUCGCAGAGAGCGUAACCCCGUCGCUAGCAUCAUGCUCUUAUCAGACUGUCCAAAUGAUCGUCUCACCACCACCAUCUCCACCAAUCAAAGGUAUCAAUCUACCAUCGUUUCCACCUGCACGCGCUUCAACAACUCGGAGAUUCCGGUACAUUCUAUCGGACUGAACCAAUCCAACGAUGAUGUAUUCAAAAAAUUCAUCGGAGGCAUAAUAAACGUCGUCGUUCAGGAUCUCCGAGUUCAAGUGGGAUUCGUUUCCGGUUCAGCGCCGGCGGAAGUAGCGGCGGUUUAUUCAUACACAAACCGGCCCGCUGCUCUAGGUUCCGGUUCUCUCCGACUCGGCGAUUUCUACGCGGAGGAAGAAAGGGAAUUGUUGGUGGAACUAAAAGUUCCCACGUCAGCAAUUGGGACCCACCAUGUAUUGUCCGUUCGAUGCUCUUACAAAGACCCAUCAACUCAAGAGCUCGUAUACUGUAAAGAACAAGCUCUUUUGGUCCCACGUCCCCACGCCGUUCGAUCAUCAACCCCUAAUAUCCAACGGCUCAGAGAUCUUUUCAUUUCGACUCGAGCCAUGGCUGAGUCUAAGCGAUUGAUUGAACGAAACGACUUAACCGGCGCGCACCACAUGUUAUCCUCUGCUCGUGCUUUGUUAGUUCAGUCAAAUUCCAGCUCAGCUGGUGAAUUCGUUCAUGGCUUAGAAACCGAGCUGUCUGAGCUUCAUUACAGAAGGCAAAAUCAAACUCAGCAGCCACAUCGACGAAGAAUAAACGUACAACAAAGAGAAGAUGAUAAAGCUGAGCCGCUUACACCUACAUCGGCUUGGAGAGCCGCUGAACGGCUAGCUAAAGUGGCUAUAAUGAGAAAAUCGUUGAAUAGAGUCAGUGAUUUACACGGCUUCGAAGAUGCAAGAUUUUAGUUUAUUUUUAUUUUCUUUUUAAUAUUGUAGAAAUAGGUUAAAAUAUAGUAGUGCCUAUCCAUAUGAAGAAGCAAAAAAAAAAAAACUUAAAAAACGACAAAGGGUACCCGACGGCUCGGCGCUUUCUGCAGAGGAAAACAACAGUUAGUGAAAGGGUAAAGUGGGUACCCUACAUUGGGUGAUUGUUUGAUUAAGGCAGUUGGGGGUGGGGUUAAGAAGAGCUAUGUGCUUUUGUCUUCUAUUAUCUCCCAAAAAAAUUAUAAUCCUUUCUUAAAUGUAGAGAUUUUAAUGAUGAUGUUUAAAUGGAGAUGAACAGAAUAAUCUUUCUUCAA